AUGUCAACGUUCUCCUCUCCUCGCCCGUCUAUCGCCUCGUCGCGUGCACAUUCUCCCACCCUCGCAUCCUCCCGUCCCUCUCUCGAAGCAUUGAACACCAACGUUGGGCCGAGCCUGAGCGCUUCCUCGACCCCAUCCACCGCGCGAGCCCUCUCGCCCAACCCACGCCGAAACCGCUCCGCUCUACGGGACUACUACAACCUCAAGCCUCCGGGCUCAGAUGCUCUGAGUCCAGGAGAUGCCCGGCGGUCCCGCAGCGUCCCGCGCAACACCGAUGCAGGAGACAUCUCCAACCCGUCUACACUAGCUUCAGGGACGGAGCUAGAUAAUGCAGACUUCGACCCUCAGCGCUAUGUUGACCACCUCUUGUCUACCUCGUCACUAAAUACAAUCCUCAAAGCCGAAAAUACGUUGGUUGGAGAUGUCCGCACGCUAGAUGGAGAACGGAAAGCGCUCGUGUAUGAUAAUUACUCCAAGUUGAUUCGCGCCGUUGAGACCAUUGGCAAGAUGCGCCGCAGUAUGGAUGAUCGCGGCGCGCCGUUGACUAUGACCAAGACGCUUGGUCCGGCUGUUGCGUUUGUGGCGGAGACUGCUGGUGGGUUGAUCAAGGAAGGUGAGGAACAGCGUCGGAAGAUCAAGGAGGCGAGGGGUGAAGAGCCGUCUAAUAAAAAGGCCGAGAAGGAUACUGUGAGGUGGGUGCUUUCUGCACCACAGAGGUUGGAGAAGCUUCUUUCGGAGGAGAAACGGGAGGAUGCUGAGAAGGAUUGGAAAGAGGUCCAGCAAUUACUUGACGCUUGGGGUCCGGUCAAGGGUGUUGCUGAGGUUCGUGAGGCCUGUGAGAAGGUCAUGAGCGAACAGACCGAAAACGAAUGA